UGUCAUUUCCAUAUGAUCUCUAUUUAUUUAUUUAAAAAUUAUUUAAGUGUAUUGAAUGUAAAAACUUAAUUUAGUUGUUUUGAAGUAAAAUAUUUGAGUUAAUUUUAACUAAGUCGUGAAAGAAGCCAAAAUGUUAUCGCCUUUAAUAAAAAUUCAAAGGCAUCUUUUGGUUGGUACUCCCCAUCUCCGAUAUGCACAAAUAUCUGCCAAUAAGAUUAACAAUUCUGCACUUAAUGGCCAAACACAGCGAACGCACACACAUACCGCUAGCACACAAAAAGAAAUUGAUCAUCAUGCCAAAUUAUCAGCAAACUGGUGGGAUUUAAAUGGACCGAUGCAAAGUUUGCAUAAGCUAAACGAACUGAGAGUGCCUUUUAUACGAGAUGGUAUCACAUCGCGUGGUAACGUAGAUCCAAGAUUAAUAAAUACAACAAAAGUCUUACAGGAUCAGACUAUAUUAGAAGUAGGUUGUGGUGGCGGUAUAUUAACUGAAGCAUUAGCACGCCUUAAUGCAAAUAUAACGGGUGUUGACUUGGGAGAAGACGUAAUAAGAACUGCAAGAGAACAUUUGGAGAUACAUAGUCCAGAUUUGAAGAAUAAUGUAACUUAUAAAAUUGAACCCAUUGAGGUGCAUGCGAAAACGAAGUUAAACCAUUACGAUGCUGUUGUGUGCUCAGAAGUGUUGGAACACAUUGACGAUAAAGCAGGGUUCUUAACACAUUGUGUUCACACCUUGAAGCCAGGAGGAUCAAUAUUUAUUACUACCAUGAACAAAACUAUUCCACUAUGGAUAGGAGGAAUUUUGUUGGCUGAAAAUGUAUUUGGUAUCGCACCGAAAAAUACUCAUCACUGGGACAAAUUAGCAUCACCGUUAGAUGUGCAACGUAUCCUAUCUGCAUUGGGUUGUCAAACUGUAUUGACAAAUGGCUUCACAUACAACGUUUGUCGUAGACGCUGGAAGUGGAUUAAUACUAACGUAAUGUGCUAUGCACUACAAGCUAUUAAGAUAGACUAAAUUAGUGGUAAUUUUGUAU